AUGGAAAGGAGAGGUCCAACCUACUCAGUUCCUUAUGGCCAGGCCUGCAUGCAAUGUUUUAAGUCUAAGUGCAAAUGUGUCUCUCGGCCUGGCGGGGAUGGCUGCAAGAGAUGUUAUCGACUUAAUAAGCAGUGUCACUCCUCAGACUCAAUUCGCAGACGAAAUACACAAAGAAACCAUGAUUCUGCGGCCAGGAUUCCUCAGCUGGAAGGGAAACUAGAAGGGCUCGUAUCGCUCCUUCAAUCCAUCACUAAGUCCCCUGAUUCGUCCGAUGCCCUGCACAAGCUUCUGAAUGAGGGGGUAGUUAAUAGCUACGAGCAACAACAGAAUCUUAAUACUCCUAGUUUAACCCCUAGUAAUGUCGUUGGGUAUAACCCCGUUCCUAGUGAUAAUGAUGGUUCGAUUAUUCCACCCCUGAGUUCAUCAUGUCAACCAGAGAUCAAUGCCCCGUCCAGUACUCACACGUUUGCCUACGAGCCGCCUGCUAACGAAGUCGACGCUUAUUUUACCGUCUUUCGUUCCCAGUUACAGAAACACUUUGCAUUUGUCUAUAUCUCCCCUGAUAUAACAGCACAGCAGCUACGCCAAACUCGGCCAUUCCUGUUCCUCUUGACCCAAAAUGCACUGGUUAAGAAUCAAUCAAAUCUCGACUUGCUGCUAGGUCUGUUUACAUACGUAGCUUAUAGCUUCGAUCCGUUUCUUAAUAGGCAAGGCACAUUAUCUCGUCUGAUGAUGAUAGCAUUAUCUCUUGCAGGUGACCUUCAUCUCAACGAACCCCUACCUGAAGACGUUCAUAUGAUAGGCCCUCUUACACCUGGGUUUUCCAAUGGUUGUGGGUACCUGGUCGAGGACGCGUUAGAGGGGCAGCGAGCCGUGCUAGGGUGCUUUGUCCUGAGCUCCAUAAUAUCGUCUUAUUAUGCCCAGAUGGAUGCGAUGAGGUGGACGCCGCAAAUGGAAGAGGCGCUCAGUCUAAUGGGAUUUAAUAAGGAAUGUCCAACCGAUGAAGCAAUUGCAUUCCAAGUUCGUUUACAAAUCUUUGUGCAAAGAGCGCAAUGCCCCUCCCGGGUUCAUAUUUACUACAAGGCAUUACAUGGGAAAUUACAAGAACUUAAGGGGUUCUUGGCCCCUGAAGUACAGAACCGAUGUAAGAUGGGAAUCAUUUUAAGACAUCAAAUCGUUACUAAUAUAAUAUCAGAAAUCCUUAUCGCGCAAAUUCAUUAUACUGAACUCUGCAUAAAUGAAACAAUUCACACACCGAAUUCGCAGCUGCCGCUAAUGGGGGCUGGUAGCAAUACAAUUGGGUUGGAACGCCUAGUGUGCCUAUGGCGGUCCGUAAACGCUAUCAAGUCAUGGUUAGACAUAUUUUUUACUCUAUCACCUUCUGAAUUGCGAGGCCUCUCAUUUCUUUUCUGGGCACAAAUGGCACGCUGCGUUGUAGUUCUCUAUCGAUUAUCAACUAUUGAAGAUUCAGCCUGGGACUGUAAGGCCGUGCGGGACCACGUAGAUUUGGAGCUAGCUGGCAGAGAAACGGGACAGCACCUUGAUGGCAACAUCUUCGUACAGCUUGCGAAAUUACUUCAGAAGUUUCGUUCAUGGGUUAUUACCAAGAUCAUGUUAGAUGAUACUGGAGACGCACAAGUCUGGGCAUAUACUGAUGCUGCAAUCAGUGGCAGUAGCGUAGCCCAAGUUCAAGGUGAAGCUGAACGGCUCGUGGGACUUGGGGACGAGAACUGGUGGGAUGAAUUCUUCGUCGGGUUCAAGUAA